AUGGUUGAGCUCAAGGUAGGGAGUAACACUGAACCAACUGAGUGCAGUGUCCUUUCUGUUCUCUGUUAUUUCUCUAUUAGUUAUGAUCACCUGUCACAGGUGUUAACCAGGAUGUUGGAUGAGAGACCUGACAAUGCUGUGGACAUCAUUGAAGACAUCAGCAAGAAGGUGAAACGGUCUCAGUUCUCCAAGAAAAUGGAUACUCUUCGUGACGAGUAUGAGAAUUCAAUGGCGUACGGUCUGGCUGAGGUUCAGAAAUCUCUCUUUGUGAAGACAGUCGAGACAGAAGAAGGGGCGGCAGCAGAUCACGAGGAGGAAGUGACGGAUACACCCCUACCCAAUAUCAUGGAAAUGGCCUAUUACUUUGAGCAGGCGGGAAUUGGCCUCAGCAGCGAUGAGAUGUACCGCAUCUUUCUGGCACUGAAGCAACUGGUGGAAGCCCAUCCACUGCAGAAGUGCCGGUUCUGGGGGAAGAUCUUAGGAAUCAAUGGGAAUUAUAUUAUAGCUGAGGUGGAUUUCCGUGAGGGGGAGGAGGAUGCAGAGGAGUUGGGAGAAGAGGAGGACGCAGAGGGAAAGGAAGAUGAUAAAGAGGACUUUGAUCGAACUGAGGAGGAAGAAACAGAAGAACCUGAAGACAAGCCUCCAGAGUCAACAUAUAAACCCCCACCAGUCAUCCCAAAAGAAGAAAAUCGCUCCGGCACCAACAGGUACACUUACUUUGUUUGCAGUGAACCAGCCAAGCCAUGGGUAAAGCUGCCCCCUGUUACACCAGCACAGAUCACAGUAGCCAGGAAGAUCAAGAAAUUCUUCACCGGCAACUUGGAUGCGCCCGUCAUCAGUUAUCCACCGUUUCCUGGUAACGAGAUGAGUUACCUGAGGGCGCAGAUUGCUCGGAUAUCUGCUGGCUCUCAGAUCAGCCCACUGGGAUUCUAUCAGUUUGGAGAUGAAGAGGAGGAGGAGGAGGAAGGGUCAGUGAGGGAUAAUUACGAGGAGAAUCCAGAAUUUGAGGGAAUUGCUACAGCAGAGCUGUUGGACACCAUGGCCAACUGGGUCCAUCACACACAACACAUCCUCCCACAGGGCCGUUGUGUUUGGUUUAAUCCUGUUCAGAAAAAGGAGGAGGAUUUUGAGGAAGAAGAAGAGGAAGAAGAGAGAGAGGCACCAGACGAGCCAGAACCAGAGGUGGGACCACCGCUCCUCACUCCACUCUCUGAGGAUGCAGAGGUCAACAAUAUCCCUCCCUGGGCUGUCAAACCUUCAUCCAUCCUGAUCCCCCAGUACGCCAGUGCUUUGGUCCGAUCCAACCUGUGGCCAGGGGCCUACACCUUUGCGAUCGGAAAGAAAUUUGAGAAUGUUUAUUUUGGCUGGGGCCAUAAGUACAGCCCGGAAAACUACAGCCCUCCCUCAGCCCCACUGGUGCAAGCAGAGUAUGCCAGCGGUCCCGAUAUCACCGAGGUAGACGACCCGACGGUGGAAGAGGAGCAGGCUCUGCGAGCCGCAUUGGAGGAACGACUAGCAGCAGCAGAGGAGGCUGAGGAGGAGGAGGAGGAGGAAGAGGAGGAAGAUGACGAGGACAACUAAUUAAAGAAGGAUUCCCCUAUACAAAUAACUUUGACACUUUCUUUUCUCUGUAUUUUAUAUGAACCUUUUGAUACUCGCUGCUCCCCUCAUAUUUCAAAGAACACUAAGUUUGUAAAUGAAUUUCUUAUAACUGCAUAGAGGAUAAUAAAAGAUUCUUUUUAAACUGC